AGUACGAACUCAAAAUCACCUCCUAACGUCUCUCAACAGAAGCUUCCAACAGGCAAGAACCGCCAAGUUAGGCUUGCUCGCGAAAGCUGCUAAUGGCCAUGGUCUUGGAGAUUUCCAGGAAGUGCACCUGUCCUUGGUGCUAAUGGAUUGUGAUGUUACUAAUGUGAAUAACGAGGUCGUCAUUCCAUUUGACACGAGCGUUGGCCAAGAGCUGUCGGAUUGUGAAGCCCCAAGAGUUCCGUUGAGGACUUUGCUCAAUUCAGCUGGCGGACCCUCAAGCAGGGGGUGGACUGCGGUACCGCCGUCCAGGGUCACUGUCAAACGUCCGUCGGGCCUUCUGCCCCCUGCAAGGACAUUUUCUAGAGUCAGAAUCCCGCAGAAAUCCUUCAUUGUGGGACCCUUUCGAAGUCCCUUUGUACUCAUGUCGGGGCCACGGAAUUGCUUGGGUCCACCGUCCGAGCCUCAGACAACGGGAAAGUCUACUGCCCAACACACCAACGGGCCACCCAUCCUGGUGAAGCUCCCUGUCACAAAACCGGUGGCGGAGGAGAAGAAUGUCAGGCCAACCGGGCCGCCAGAAACGAGCGUGGUCGGGGAGCUGAGAGCCAAAUGGGACGCUGCAACGAAGACGCUCAUCUUUCCAGCGGCAAUGCCCUCCUCUGCAGUCGGGGCACUUUGCCAGAAGCAGAACAGCAACGUUGUGUUCGUCGACAGGCUGCGGCAGAGCGUACAGGGCACCACUAGCGCAAAGGUCACGGUCGUCGGUGGCGGCAAGAUUUCCUCGCAAGGCAGCCUUCAGCCGUCGCAGAGCCGGAAAGCCAUCAUCGUGCAACCGGAUGGGAAGAGAGUGGAAGCGGUGAGGGUAGACGGAGAUCCACGUCCUGCCAACCAGUGUCCGGCGUCUUCUACGGUCCACAAGUCCAGUCUGCCGAGAAUCAUCACGGUCCAACCCCCUCAGAACGCGAGGAAAGUGGAGGUCGUCAUCACACCGCCGCAUCCAAAAAAGACGUUGCCCUUUAGUGCCCAUUACAGCGUCGUGAGCUCGACGCCAAGCACUACGUCGAGCGCUUCUAAGAUUUUAAAAGUUGUUCCAUCUUCUUUGACGCCAGCCACAAGCAGUGUCUUGUUUAGCUGCCCUGUCCCCCGGGCCAUUGAGGUGUGCAGCUCCGAAAGCUCCAAGCCUCUGCAGUCGCUUGCUCCAAAACUCCCGCCACUUGGCUUCGGUCUGCCUAAGGUUUGCACUGCACAGUCGAGUGGCCCGGAUAGUGCUAAGGCGGCAACCGUUGUCGUCAGAAAUGUAAGGAGCAUUCAACUCGUGACAGACGAUCCGAAGGCAGGUGACGAACCUGUCAAGGUGUCAGUGCAGCCAGUCUCCACAUCCAGCGGUAAAGCCGGUUCUGUUGCUGGUCUCGACGGGGCCGCUCCACCCAAGCAAGAGGACUCAAGCUCGCCUUGUUUCCGGGACGAGAAGAUUACGAGCGAUCGGAAGAACGAGAACCCUAUCGACAAGGCUGCUCAGCCAAAGCCAGAGACUGCACUCUCUAGCCAUACCUCUGGCGCAAAGAUAAAAACUGAUCGAAAGAGCCCGGAUCCUAUCGGCAAGGCUGCUCAUUCGAAGACAGAAAUCACAAGCCCAGCCUUUACCUCUGAUGUAAGGGUGAAAGGCGAGCGAGGGAACCUGGAUCCUAUCGGGAAGGCAACUCAAUCAGGGCCAGAAGUCUCAAGCUCAAUCCGUACCUCUGACAUACAGAUGAAAAGCGAGCAAAAGAAGCCAGAUUUUAUCUGCAAGCCUGCUCUCCCGAAGCCAGAAGCUGCAAGCUCGAUUCAUACCUCUGCUGUACAGACAAAAAGGGAUGGAAAGAAACCGGACUCUAUCUGCAAGCCUGCUCAACCAAAGCCGGAACCCACAGGCUCAGCCCACGCCUCUGACGUGAUGAUAAGCAGACGAAAGAACUCGGAUCCUAUUGGCCCGGCUCUCCAACCAAGGCCAGAAACCGCAAGCUCUGCCCACACCUCUGACAUAAAGAUGAAAAAUGAGCAAAGGAACCCAGCUUCUUUUGGCAAGACUGCUCAACCAAAGCCUAAGGCCGCAAGCUUGCUCCCCACUUCAGACUCGAAGAUUAAGAGCGACAUAGAAAAGCCGAGUGCAGUUCAUAGGAAUCAGGGUAAUUCUGGUGCAGACAUUGAAAUGGAAGAUUGUUUCAUCACUUCAGUCAUAGGCCUGAGGUGUCCCCCUGGAAAAAAUACCGAGCAUAAUGAGCAAGAAAAGUUUAUGAUGCCAGUCAUCUCAAACGUCAUGAGCCUUGCAGAUAUUCAGAACUGGGACAACAUAGAGGAAGAGGAGGCUGACAUAGAGGUGCCUGCUGAGGAGCAAAAAGUCUCUGAAAGCAGUAAAACUGAAGCCAGCUGGUGCCAACAGUUUGUGUCUGAACUCUACUCGAAGGACCAACCAAAGCCCUGGAAUCUUGAUAGCACUUCGCAACAGCCGCCCGACAAAAAACAACAGCGGGCUUGCAAAACCGUGAAGGAACUGCUGUCAGAUGCUUCGCAACAGCUGUCCGACAAAACACAACAUCGGGCUUGCAAGACCACGAAGGAACUGCUGUCAGAUGCUUCGCAACAGCUGUCCGACAAAAAACAACAGCGGGCUGGCAGGACCGUGAAGGAACUGUUGUCAGAUGCUUCAUUAUUGGCGGCAAAUAUGACGGUUUUUCCGUCGCAGUCGACUGAAAAGCAGGAUGUCGUUAUUGCGAAACCAAAGGCAGUUUCAAUCGAGAUUGUGACUGAGCAGCCCCAGCCCAUGAAACGAGAGACUGUGGCCCCAUUGAAGUCGGAGGCAUCAUCAGGGUCAACAAAUGUCACAUCAAAGUUGGAGGGAUCAAAAGAUGACGUUUGCGAGAAACUUCAACAAGCGAUCGCUCAGAUAGAAGAAGUCACACUAAGGUCACGCAGUGCGUUUGACGAAGCGCAAAGGUCGAUGUUGGAGAGCAUGUUCAACAAGAUCAAGAAGGACACAUGCCUGCUAAUGUCCUCAAAGGGAAGCGAAGCUGAGAAAUCAGUGCCCGGGGGCUCGCCGACUAAAAACACUGUGACGAAGGAGCCUGUCUUGGAUGAGGUUUCAUCAAAGGUAACUCCAGCAAAAGACAGUGUUGCUGACAGCCUUGCGGUGAAAGUGCCCCCAACGAAACAGAGCUUGGGCAACAUGCCUAAUUUCUCACCUCCAGAGAGUAUGAAAAAACCGCUGCGCCGCAUUGUCAUUACGUCGGACAGCAGUGCAUCUCUCAAUUCGAAUGCCAUCAAGGAUGGCAUUGAGAAGUUCCUGCAAGCCAACAAGAUUCCAAACUAUUUUUCCCAGGACGAGUUGCUGUCUCUGCAUUGGGAUGGAAAAGACAUAAGGACCUUUCACUUUAAAAAUGGCCCCGAUGGACAACCAGCCAAUAGCUCCGGUGUCGCACCACCCGCGGCUGCCACGCCCGUGCCACAGUCAAUGUUGUCGACGCAGCCGUUGACGACUUCUCGUUGCGUCAUAGUGAACUCCGAGACCGACAAAGUAACUGCACCGAGAAUGGACAUCUCCAAGGUGAAGCCGACGAAGUACAUUCAACCCAAGCCUGGGGGACCAACAGUAAGCUCUGUGUCAAGCAUUUGUGUCAAGACUCAGCAUCAAUUGCUCGGCAUACCAAGCGACCCUCAGGUCGCAACCACGUUGAGCAGUCAGCAAGCUGCAGCCGUGCCACACGAACAUCAAGUUCUGUCUGCACCGGGCCAACAUCAAGCUGCGACAGCACCGAUAAAGCCUCAGGUUGUUGGCCCUCCGGUCAUGCACCUGGGUUUUAACCAGGGCAGUGCUGUGCCCCAGCUGCCCCAGAACAACAAUGCUGGCAUCCCGACCAAUGCUCCGGUUGCGCAAGCACACUUGUACGGCUACCCCAUCAAGGUUGUGAAGAGUAACGGGGAAGUAGUGAGUAUCGACCCUCCGGCUGGCUGGGCCAGCCGACUACAGAUGACGGGUGCACUUCCGCCCGAGGGCAUGCAGUUUGGGUUCCGACCACGCAUAAUCAAGAUCGUCAAGAACAACGGAGACGUGCUCCAACAAAUGUUCCUUGACAACCGGACCCUGUUGCCCAUAACGACGAGCACGGCUGCGCCUUGCAGUCAGACCCCAGCGAGGCUUUCGAGCGCACCUUUGUCAAAUGCGAACCCUCCAGCCUUCAUGCAGAUAGUGCCCAUUUCUCUCUCACGAGCCGUAGCACCACACAGCAGCACGUCGGGCUCAACGCUGCCCUUGAUGCCUCCAGAGUCACUGCAGCGGCUCGUGUCCAGCGCCAUCCAGGAGAGCGGCUCCAAGACCUUGCAGUCCUCGAAGCAAAUUAUGGUCCAGUACGUCGCCAAGAAACCAGAGGCAACCACAAGCGAGGCCAAACCGGGCGGGGCCCCUGCGCCGCCGAUACCCGAGGCGCCGGAAACAAAACCCGAAGCUACCAGCUCUGCCAUGCUCGACUUUUCAGAAACGGACACGUGCGACGGAGACGAGUUCAGGGCACUCCUCGAGCCAGAAGUCGUUUUGGAGGAAGCUAACAUGCUCUUGAGCGUCCGGGGGGCCGAAGAAGACUCCGGGAGCGAUAGUUCUUCCUCGGACAACUUCGUUCCGAGCUCCCCCGGAUCCGACGACAGCAAUUGUGCGACCUACAAGAGGCCCGCCACGAAACGACAGAAGCGGGCCAUGGCAGCAGCAGCCAAGCGGAAGAGAGCAAAGGCUGCUGCCCCGAAGCCGCCUCGGAAACGAGGUGCGAAACGGAAGGCUGCGGAGGGCGAGGAGCGUGGCUUGGUCCCUGCUCGAAAAAGGAGGAGGCGUUCAAAGAAGGCGUCGAGACAGCGGCAGAAGCCUGCCAAUAAGGGAGCCAGGCGGACCACCCCCCACAUUCCCGUGAACUGCGCCAAUUUAUCCGACGUGCCAUGCAUGGUGGUGAUGCACCACAUCAGGGACUCUCUGCUACACAACGGUCGCGUCGACCUCGCCAAGUGCGAUGAAGAACAACUUUUUGUCGAGGCCGAAUCUUCCGCGGUUACACUGUGCCAGGGCACGGUCAUCGACGUUCUCGGCUGUGCAACUGCGGUGGAGGAGGUCGCUCUGUCGCCAUCCCCCGAUAUGGCCCCUAAGAAGGAGAAAGAGGAGCUGGCACGGUUGUUGAAGGACCGCAAGAAGGACCUUGAAGAACUGCGAAUGAGAUACAAGUGAUGAUGUGCGAGUGCGGAUGUGCGGGUGCGUGUGUACAUUCUCACGGGCCUCUGAAACACGUCGAGGCGAGUGCUUCCAUGUCCGCCGUGUACAUAAUGUUUUGAAGUUGUAAUUUCAUUGAUGUGAAGGGCAGGUCAUGUGUUCACUUCUUUCUGCAUCCAGGUUUGACCGUGUGCCAUGUAGUUUCGUGUACAUCUGCAUCUGGUUCACUUACAUUGAUUUUCUUUGUGCACUCGUUGCAUGUAAUCAUUUGCAAGUCUAAUCAAACAUUGUCCAUUUGUAUUGCUUUGUAUGUAGCACUCGGCAUUAAUUUUAACGCUUUGUAUUUAUUUCAGAGUCCUCGGGGAUUGUCUUUUAUUCAGAGUUUACCAGGGACAAUGUUUCGGCAUUAAAAUUGUCUUUUAGUGCAGA